UUGAAAUCCCUUUAAUUUCUUAAUUCAAACUGCAAAAUGCAUCUUGUAUACAUUACUCUCAGAUCAAAUCAAACACUGAGAAGGAGAUUUUGAAGCAAUUCUUGAUACAGUGUUAUGUCUUUCUUUGCUGAUUAGUUGAGUUAAAAAUUGAAUCUUUGUGCAUAAAUCAGAGAGAGAAGAAAAGGGGCAGUUGUAGAAGAGAUAAAGAUUCUUUUUUUUGGUUACAACAUGAGGGAUUUUCCUUCUUGUUUUGGGGAAACUGGGGUUCAAGUAGCUGAUUUUUCAUCAUCAGGUGCUAAUAAGGCUGCUCAGAAUUUGGUAACUUGUGUCUACCAGUGUAAAUUGCGUGGGAAAUCUUGUUUGCUUAAUGUUACAUGGAGUAAGAGUUUGAUGGGUCCAGGUCUUACUGUUGGGAUUGAUGAUAAUACAAAUCAGUGCCUCUGUAAGGUUGAUAUUAAGCCCUGGUUGUUCUCUAAGAAGAAAGGGUCAAAGACUUUAGAAGCUUAUUCUAGGAAAAUUGAUGUAUAUUGGGACCUUUCUUCGGCGAAAUUUGGAUCUGGUCUGGAGCCAUUGGAAGGAUUCUAUGUGUGUGUUGUUUCCGAAAGGCAAAUGAUUUUGCUCCUUGGUGAUAUGAGAAAAGAAGCUAUCAAGAAAACAAGUGCCACUCCUGGUGCUUCUGGUGCUGUUUUUAUUGCUAAGAAGGAGCAUAUAUUUGGGAAGAAAGUGUUUGCCACUAAGGCUCAGUUUUGUGAUAAUGGUCGAGUCCAUGAUCUCGUGAUUGAAUGUGAUACCAGUGGGACCAAUGACCCAUGCCUUGUCAUCCGCGUGGACAGUAAGCCGAUGAUGCAGGUAAAGAGGCUAAGGUGGAAGUUCCGCGGUAAUCAUACCAUGUUGGUUGAUGGCCUUGGUGUAGAAGUAUUUUGGGAUGUCCAUAACUGGCUUUUUAGUACGUCUGUUGGAAAUGCCGUCUUCAUGUUCAAGACCAACAUUUCAGCUGAGAAAUUAUGGGCGGCCCAGCCCAUCUGCGAUCCCCAAACACUACAUUGGUCUUGGUCACAGAGAUUCAGGGAGGCCCAGUCACAUAAUCUUGGUUUCUCGCUCUUUUUAUAUGCUUGGAAAAAUGAAUAGUCAAUUUGAUUGGAUUCAACCGUGAAUUCUAACGUAUACUUUAGCAAGCUGUGAUUUAUUGACUAUGAAAUUCAAUUAUACUUUCAUUUUAAAUAGUUAGUUUGUUCUUUUCGUAUGUUCAGUUGCUCAAGCUGAGAGCCGAGACAAAUAGACAUUUUUGCCUGUUUGGUUGUAAAUUGUUCCAUUAUAGUUCCUUUCAUUUUCUUUUCCAAUUUCCAUGGAGAGGAAUAUGAAAUCCAUUUAUUCUUGGUCAAAGGCUUCCUCUUGUUGACGUCUUUGUAUGGCCGUGAUUAAUCGAAGAAACAUUAACAAGCAAUUAGUAUCUACCUUGUUUCAGUAAACUCUUUACUUUUCCAUCUUUUGAUGCAGGCAGAACAUACCUUAUCGCAGUCCGAGACAUAUGGUCAUAGCUCGCAUACUAACGAUAUACACAUAUGUUGUUUUAACAUGUUAACUUCGAUAUGACCAAUUCUAUGCAGGUGGUUCAAUUGCUAAUGACAGUUGAUGGACUAUGUUAUAUAAAUGCAUCAUAUGAGCAAAUAGCUGCUUUGACCCUCCAUAUAAUAUAAGAAUAUUGAUGUGGAAGAGUGAUUUCCCAAAUCAAGCUUGAAAUUGUUCUUUCUCCUACGAUCUCAACGGCUGCACACGUGCCUGCCUCAGAAGGUGCAACAGAUACUAGUUACUUCACAAGUCGCUUCUCUUGGAAUCCUUCCGAUGAACAUGUAUAUGCAGCCAGUGAAUGUUUAUCAACCAUCUGAAGAGGAGCUUAGGGGUUACCUUGAUCCAUAUGAAGAUGUCUUAUGUACAGAGUGUCAGCAAGGUGGUGAUGAUGCUCUUAUGCUACUUUGUGAUCUCUGUGAUUCACCUGUGCAUACUUAUUGUGUUGGUCUUGGACAUGAAGUACCUGAAGGUAACUGGUAUUGUGAAAGCUGUCGGCCAACUGUUCUUGCUUCUUCAAAUCCACAGAAUCUGAACCCUAUGCCUGAUAAUAGAACAAGCAGCAAUUUUUCUGUUGGGUCACCUCCUAUUGCUAAUGUAAGAGAAAUGUUUGAUCUUAAUGAAAUGUAUAUACCUGAUACCCCUUUGGCUGAAGAGUCCGGUGAGUUUCAAUCUCCCCGAGAUGGUCAAGUUUCUCCUCUAGCUUCUGGGAUUGGGGCAUUCACAGACCGAGGUAGAAUACAGCGGCAAAUACAUCAACUCCUUCAUAAUAGGAGCAGACAACUUGGUAAUAGUCUCUUUGGCUCUCAAAUUGCUCGAAGUAGGGAAUUAGCAACUCAACCUGCUGUAGCACAAAGGGCAGUGCCUCAUAAUAUGUUUUUCCAAGGAAGGCAACCAGAGAGUACCUCAAAACCGGAACCUUGUAUCCGAAAGGUCGAGUAAUUUGAGUAGGCAACUGAACUUGAAUGGAGCCUCUACAUCAUCGCAAAGUUUUUUUGGUGAAUUUUUUGAAAGUCAAUUGCAAGGGACCGAUGCAAGUUUCGGCUUUUGUUUGGCUCAUCAGCAACUCCAUCCCUGCAGUAGCAGAUCUAAUGUUGGCCUUGAUACCAGCACUUCUCCUUGUCAAUUUAGAUAGCCUACAGUACCUGCAAGGACAUUGCCCAGUACUCUUAGAAGACCAUUUUAGCUGCAUGAUGCAUUCCAAACAGCCGAGAAUGAGAGCUAUAUUCCAUUGGUUGAUUAUAAUGAUAUUGGCACAACUUCAAGAGCUAACAAUGUAGAUGUCGAAGAUGUAGGAGAACAAAAUGAUGUCUAUUGGAUGGGGUUUCGUGAUAUGAUUGCUAGUGACAUUUCUAAUGCUUGAUGCUUGUAUUAUAUGAAUAUUUUUCACUUCUUGUAUUUAUAGUGGAGUGCUUUCGGUUGUAUUAGCACUUUUAUUAAGUACAUCUUAUGCCUGUUGCAGGCUUAUAGAGGCAACCCCAACUGUUUAGAGUCUGAGAAAUAUAUUAUUAUCGCACUGCUAUUGCCAA